AAGGAUGCGAUGCAUCGGUCGUGGCGUCGAGUGAGAAUGAGGAGUGGAUGAUGGCCUGGGAAAAAUCGGCGGAAAGACAGCAGAGAGGAGCAGAGUAUCAUAAAGCUUGUGUGAAUCUGUGGCAAAGUGAUGAGAGCGAGAGGAUGGUCGACACAGUAUGAAGAGGAGGAGUGGGGUCCCCCUGUCGGGCUAGGAAGGACGAUGGAUUAGCGCAGUGUUUUGUCGUUGGAUGUUGGGAUCAUCGAAGCCUUCCCAAUAUGGAGGCUACUCUGACAGAAAGCGUCUGUGCAUCUCUCAGAGUGUACCUCUACCGCAAUGCAACAUUUUUAUGCGAGCGAUUGUACGCUGAUUUUCCAUCCGAGAACAACCUUCAUCUGCUUGCAACCUGCUAUUUUCGAAGCAAUCAAGCCUACCGUGCUUACCACAUUCUUAAAGGAAGCAAAUCUGCCCAAUGUCGUUAUCUUUUCGCAUUGGCCUGCUUCCAAAUGGACAGUAUGGUCGAAGCCGAAGCAGCGCUGCUGUACCCAAGUGGAGCUGGCAGUGAGGUACCAAAUGGAGCAGCUGGAUAUUACAUGUUAGGAGUAAUCUGCAGGCUGACCGAUCGAAGACAAGCAGCUAUAGGACACUAUACUCAAGCGCUCAUACUUGAUCCCUUUCUUUGGUCAGCUUACGAAGACUUAUGCUUGCUAGGUGCAGAGGAAGAAGCUGCUGGACUUUUAGGUGAUGUGGCUGUUUCACGUUUGCAGCAACAACAGCAGCACUUGCAUUGGGAGCUUCGUACUCAAACCUCCGCACCUGCAGCCCUUUGCAUAGACCAUUUUGACACCGGAAAUGGGUCCCACUCCCAGUUAAGAUCCUCCUUCUCAAACGCUGGAAGUCCUAAACAUUCCAGGUUUUCUUCUGUAAUUUUAGGAGACGACACGUCUUCAUGUGUAAACUCGGGUGGUCCAGGUUCUGGUGCAAUCAGCGUGUCAGGUUUCACUGAUUAUGGGAGCAAUUCCUUGGCUUUUGUAACCCCUACUGCAGGAUCUUCUCAGGUCCCCACUCCUGGGAAGAAUAUGCAAGGGAUAGGUAGCAAUCUUGGUGGAUCAUUAGUUGCUACAACUGAAGGGCCCACAAGGGCCAACAUAGCGGCAGGAGGCCAUUCUCAACAACGGCGCAAAUUUGUCGAUGAAGGCAAAUUUCGAAAGAGCAUUCGAUCACCCUCUACGCGUGCUGCAUAUUCACAGGUGUCAGGCAGGUUGUUUGACGCUGUGCCGAGAAGGAGCUCGAGGCUUGCGGGUGAGAGCAAAAGUUCAGCACUUGGCUCCAUAACUUCUAGUGGAUCUGGGCCAGGAUCAUCUGGCGCAGGAGGCGGCCUUUAUACUCUUGCUGGUUCAUCAGGAACAACAUCCCGAAGUAGUGGUAAUUCUCUUCAAUCGAGUGGGAUAAGGAAAGGGCUUUCUUUUGGAUCUAUGGAGAGCAGUCUCGACGAUGUAGAAGAAGAUCGACCGGGAGGCUCAGUGGCUGGUGUUUACCAUGGAUCAAAAGUUUUUCAAGAUGGUGCCCUCGAACUUCUGAAUCUUCUUAGGAUUCUAGGAGAAGGUUUCAGACAUCUGUGCAUGUAUCGUUGUCAGGAAGCCAUGCAAGCUUUCUCCAAACUACCCCAGCAGCAAUUCGCAACCUCAUGGGUCCUCUGUCAGGUAGCACGAGCCUGCUGUGAAAUGGUCGAUUAUCCAGAAGCAGAGCGUAUAUUUAGCGAGGCACGUCGAAUAUCAGCACAUCACUUGGAAGGAGCAGAUAUUUUUUCAACUGUUCUAUAUCAUAUGAAGAAAGAUGUGGAGCUCAGCUAUCUUGCGCAGGAAACAGUUGCCAUGGAUCGGCUUUCUCCACAAGCUUGGUGUGUUAUGGGUAACUGCUUCAGUUUACAAAAGGAUCACGAAACAGCUUUGAAGUUCUUUCAGCGUGCACUACAGCUUGAUUCGCGGUUCACAUAUGCCUACACACUCUGUGGUCAUGAGUAUGUCGCUAUGGAAGAUUUCGAAGAGGGCCUUACAUGUUAUCGUAAUGCAAUCCGAAUGGACUCUCGACAUUACAAUGCAUGGUAUGGUUUAGGAACAAUAUACUUUCGUCAAGAAAAAUAUGAACUUGCAGAGUACCACUUUAGACGAGCCCUUCAGAUCAAUAGUCGAUCUUCUGUGCUCCACUGUUAUCUCGGAAUGGCCCUCCAUGCGCUGAAGAAAAAUGAAGAGGCGUUAUCGUUGCUGGAGCAAGCAAUUAUAGCAGAUGUUAAAAAUCCACUUCCUAAGUAUCAAAAGGCUAAUGUGCUCAUGAGUGAAGAAAGAUACGACGAUGCCCUUGCCGAAUUAGAGCAAUUGAAAGAAGUAGCUCCUCGAGAAAGCAGUGUUUUUUUCUUAAUGGGUAAAAUAUACAAGCGACUGGAUUUUCCGGAAAAAGCAAUGUACCACUUCUGCAUUGCACUAGAUCUGAAGCCUUCUACUGCAGACGUUAAUUUAAUAAAGAUUGCCAUCGAAAAGCUGCAUGUUGCGGACGAUCUCGAGGAAGAAAACCUUUGAGGGAUGACAGUACAUGUUGCAUUAGGAUUGCAAGUUAGGAGAAAUCAGUUGUAAUGAGGGGAAGGUAAACCUUCCAGAAUCCGCUUCCUUCAUCAGUUUUGCAUUAAUUUCGGCCUAUAAUUGAAGGUUGGUGGUCACUGAUCUAGGUGUGUAGCUCUUAGAAAUCAGUCACCGCUCUUGGUGACCAAUUCCAGUUGUGUAUCAUAUAUAUCAUAGAUCGCGCACCUCGAGAUUCUUGCCCUGAAGGUAAUUGCUUUCUGUGAUAUGCAAGGGGACUAAAACUUCCAUACGUAUAGGGAUAGUCUUUAAUCCUUCGAGUCGCAUAGAUCUAUCCGUUGAGGUAGAUAAACGGUCUUGGUAUCGAGACCUUUGAGUUGUUCAACUUCGACGCUGUCAUGUGUAGUAACUUCGGUAGGAGUAUUGCUGUGGCCUAAAAUAGCCACCUAUGAUAGUGUAAAAAGCGGUGGACUGUCGAGGAAGGUCUGGUAAAGUUCUUCCAUCAUUUUUUUUUCAGAUGUAUAGCGACCACUUUGCAGUGUCUCGAUGCAGAGAAACGAAAUCUUCAUUCGUCAUGUCUUUUUCGUUGUUCUCAGAUGGUCCUCUGAUGGUGACCAAGAUCUCUGUAAUUAUAUUUCGAUUACCUC